UGGAAGGACUCGAGAAAAGGCUGGCAAGGGUCACUGGAAGAUCUGAAGAAAUCCACUUGCCCAAACAAUUACCGUCCAUCACUGUGGCUGAAGAAUAAAUUGAAGAUAUUGUGGUGCUCAUCGUUGGCCUGACACCCAUGAGAGAGAAGAUCUAUCAGCUGUAAUCUUCAAAGGAUUUAAUAACUAAACCAUUUAACCCCAGCUAAAAUGAAGGCAUUCAGCAUUGCAGUUGCAGUGACACUCGUGCUCGCCUUUAUUUGCAUUCUGGAGAGCUCUGCAGUCCCAUUCAAAGGGGUGCAAGAGCUGGAGGAGGCAGGGAGCAAUGACACUCCAGUUGCGGCACAUCAAGAGAUGUCAAUGGAAUCAUGGAUGAUGCCAAAUCACAUCAGGCAGAAGCGUCAGAGCCACCUCUCCUUGUGUCGCUGGUGCUGCAACUGCUGCAAGGGCAACAAGGGCUGCGGUUUCUGCUGCAGGUUCUGAGGAUUCCCGCAACAACCACUAAAUAUUAAUUUAUUGCUUUGCUUUUAGUCUCACACCGAGAAGUGACCUCUUCUUGGCCUCUCUUCUCCAAUGCAUUGCCUGAGCUACAUUCUUUAUCUUUUUUAUAGAAUAUUUUUAAGAGGUGUGAUUGACUGAACAGCGCUGGAAAAUAAUGAAAAAAUGGCUACUCUUUUGUAUUUAUUUUGUAUGUUUUUAAUACUUUCACCCUGUAAGUCUUUUUUGUAAGCUCAAUAUGUAAAUUUGUUUCUAAAAAUAAUUCAGAUGUGACUGUUUCUUCAUCUAAAGUCUACAGAGUUAAUAUUUGUUUUCGAAUAAAUUAUGAUCCUUUGAAGCAACUGCAAAAA